CACACACACACACACACACACACUCACACUCACACACGCACCAGAGGAAGGAAGCGACGCAGCAGAUUGUCAGUCAUGACAACAACACACACACAAGUCGCUCAGUGAUCAGGAGGAGACUCGACCCAGUGGACGGAUCCUCUUCAGACCGGCUGACGGGCCGAGGCCGGUGAGGGGGCACAGAGUCUCUGAUUAGAUUAUACGACACCCUCCCUCCCGGUCAGGUGAUGAGAGCCGAGCGGAGGCGUUAGCUGAGAGUCCGAGGCAUCAUGGAGGAGGACGAGUGCAGACCGCUGCUGAGCUCGGAGCAGACCGGAGAGAGCUUCUCUCACAGAGGCUCCACGGACUCGCUGGACGUCAAGGCCAAAAGGCCGUUCCACGUGGAGCCCCGGAACAUCGUGGACCACGACCCGCAGGAGAGGGUCUCCGCCGAGGCCGCCAUCCUCAACAGCAGAGUCCAUUACUACGGCCGACUGACGGGCUCCUCCGACAGACUGCUGAGUCCACCGAACCAUGUGAUCCCCGGACCGGAGGAGAUCUACGUCUACAGUCCGCUGGGGACGGCGUUCAAGGUGACGGGUGGCGACCCCUCCUCUAAAAACCCCAGCAUCAUCACCAUAUUUGCCAUAUGGAACACGAUGAUGGGAACGUCCAUCCUCAGUAUCCCCUGGGGAAUAAAGCAGGCUGGAUUCACUCUGGGGAUCCUCAUCCUCGUCUUCCUCGGUCUGCUCAUGCUCUACUGCUGUUACAUCGUCCUCAAGUCGCCCAAGGCCAUUCCCUACAUGGACACGUCCGACUGGGAGUUCCCCGACGUUUGUCGCUACUACUUUGGUAAAUUCGGCCAGUGGUCCAGUCUGGUCUUCUCCAUGGUGUCGCUCAUCGGAGCCAUGGUGGUUUACUGGGUCCUCAUGUCCAACUUCCUCUACAACACGGGACAGUUCAUCUACAACUACGCUCACAACGUCACCACGUCAGAUUCUGAGUUUGGGACCAACGGCACAGACCGAGUGAUCUGUCCGUUCCCGAACACCGACGCCGGCAGGAACGACACCGUCGCCUCACUUUACUUCAGCGUCAGUGGGAACGACACGUCUGACGUGGACUCGUUCGGACGCUGGUGGAGUAAAACCAGCACCGUGCCGUUCUACCUCAUCGUCCUGCUGCUGCCGCUGCUCUGCUUCCGCUCCGCCUCCUUCUUCGCCAGGUUCACCUUCUUGGGCACCAUCUCCGUGAUCUACCUGAUCGUGCUGGUCACCAUCAAGUCGCUCCGCCUCGGCUUCCACCUGGAGUUCCACUGGUUCGAGUCGAGCGAAUUCUACAUUCCAGAGUUGCGGCAGCUCUUCCCUCAGCUCACUGGCGUCCUCACUUUGGCCUUUUUCAUCCACAACUGCAUCAUCACUCUGAUGAAGAGCAACAAGCACCAAGAGAAUAACGUGCGCGACCUGUCCGUGGCCUAUCUGCUCGUGGGCCUGACCUACCUGUACGUGGGCGUGUUGAUCUUCGCCUCCUUCCCUUCACCUCCUCUCUCCAAAGACUGUAUCGAACCAAACUUCUUGGACAACUACCCCAGCAGCGACGUCAUGGUGUUUGUGGCCCGGAGCUUCCUGCUCUUCCAAAUGGUCACCGUCUACCCCCUGCUGGGCUACCUGGUGCGGGUCCAGAUGAUGGGACAGAUCUUCGGCAAUCACUACCCCAGUUUCUUCCACGUUCUGGCUCUGAACAUCCUGAUCGUCGCCUCUGGCGUCCUGAUGGCCAAGUUCUAUCCCAACAUUGGAUCCAUCAUCCGGUUUUCUGGAGCGACGUGCGGCCUGGCUCUGGUGUUCGUCUUUCCCGCUCUGAUCCACAUGAUCUCCCUGAAGCGACAGGGGGCGCUCCGCUGGCCGUCGGCCCUCUUCCACAGCUUCCUGAUCCUGCUGGGAUUGGCCAACCUGGUGGCUCAGUUCUUCAUGUAGAUGAAGACGAGGACGAGGAGUCGCACAAAGACACUUUUUAACCAGUCGGGAAUCUAAAGGUGUGAUGGAGAUUCCAGGUGUGAAUCUGUGGAGUUAGAUGUCGAUUAACGCUGCGUGUUAUUUUCACACAAUUACUGGUGUAAGUUUCCGUUUUCAGGGGAAUCACAGGAAUCCACGUAUCGGUGUGAUAACACUUAUCUUCAUCUGCGUUUGGGGUGCGGGGGGUUUUCUAUGACCUAAUCUUCCUCGGAGAUAAUGUCCCACAUGACUGUUGAUUCGUCCUUCCCGGGCUGAUCCCAGACCUGCCAGAUAGUGACGCACUGUGAAACUGUGUUGAAACUCGGGACACAAUCAUUUUUUUUGUGGAUUUUUUCUGUCGAAAAACUAAAACUCAACGAGUUUCUUUUUUUAACUGUCGUAUUAAAGAUCAGUUGUUUUAACCAAAUAUCAAUCAAACAUUAAUUUGUGAAUUUUAAAGUGACUAAUUGAUUUUUUUUAUUUUUAAUUAAUAACAAUGGAUCAAAUAACAAUAUGUCAGAGACCCUAAUCAAUCACUCGCAGCAAAUUAUCAGCUGCGUAAAAAGGCCCGUCGCACCUUCGCAUUGUAGGAUUGAAAGUAGCAUCUCAGGCUCCGCCCACCUGACUACAAUUUAGUUUAACACUCAUCACUGUUGCCACGGUUACGCCUGGCGUUCCACGCAACUCUGUCGUUUUCCCGCCUCUGAAUCAGAGACGUGUGGAAAAUGCUGCUGGUCCACGUGUCAGUGUGGAAACUCCGGAGUUGUGUUUUAGUUUGUAAAGCGAUGACGCAGACGACGCCUACGUUCUCUCUUCUGAUUGGUUCUUAUCAGUCACGACGAGCAUCGCUAACACUUCCUGUCAGUAACAGUUCCACCUCGUCACCAUCGCUGUUCCUCCUUCAGAGGAUUUUGUGACCGGUGUUACGUGAACGGUCACACGACGUGUGUAUUCAGGUGUGUGAGCGUGGAUGGAGAUUAUUUGUGAUACGGAGGUAAAACAAGUGUCAUCUUAAAAUAGACGAGGAGCCACGCCCUCAAAUUACUAACUCUGGGACCCGGUUCUUAGAUGAAGACAAACACGCGACCUGUGAACGAUGAUGUCGCUGGACGUGGUGAUGACAUCACACCGCUGCAGGUUUACAUUAGUUCCGUGUGAUUUUAUGACGGAGUCGAGGGGAAUGUGUUCAUCACUAACGCUUGUUUGUAUAUUUUGAGGACAGAAAUGCUGCGUUUUGUUUUUUGUUUUUUACAGAAACUUUUUGGCACAAGCUUUUAAUUUUUCUGAGCAGCGUUGGUUUGACGUGUUGAUUGACGCGUUCACACGAUGCCGAUGUUCCAGAUGCUGUUCUCAGUGUGACGUGUUUUAUUAAAUGAGGAUGAACAAAAGGGAAAUAAACCAUAUCAGUGCAGAAAGAA